AUUCAGGUAAUACUUCCGGUUCGGAAAAUUAAACCUAAUUCAAAAUAUAUGUGCAAAUAGCUUAAUUGUAAUUAAUAACCAACUGUAAAUUUGAAAGAAAUCAAAGUACUACAUGAAACAGCAGAAUGCUUUCCAGACAAGUAUUGAAGAUUUUUAUGACAAUUACCAAUGUUCUAUUCUUUAUUAUAGCGGGAGUUAUGUUAGGAAUAGGGAUAUGGAUAGCAGUAGACAAGAUCUUCAUAUCAGAUAUAAUUGGUACAGACCUAUUUAAUGCUGGGGCAUAUCUCAUGAUAAUAUGUGGUUCUGUCCUCAUAUUGAUAUCUAUAUGGGGAUGCCUUAGUACUGUACAAAUGAAGAGAAUGUAUAUUAUGAUUUAUUUUGUAGCUGUUCUAGUCUCAUUUAUUAUGUUAAUUGGUGCUGGAAUUAUGGCAGCAGCAUUUCAAGGAGAAAUUAAAUCCACCAUGUUAGCUUCCAUGAGAGCAACAUUACAAAGUUAUUAUGGCUAUGAAGGAACUCGGGCAGAUACAGUUACACAUUCUUGGGAUACGACUCAGACAUUGUUACGAUGUUGUGCAGUAGAAGACCGUGAUUACAGAUUAUAUAGAGAGUCAUGGUUUUACAAAACACAAAUAGAGCAAGGUGUACAGAGAGGAGAAAUAAAGUAUGUACCAGAGUCUUGUUGUGUGUAUACAGAAAGAUAUCAACAGUAUGUUAACCUGCAGACAUGCCAGAAAUCUACACAUAUGGCACCAGGGUCUGAUACAGACAGGGGAAAUAACCCUGCUUUAUAUUAUACAGGUUGUUACCAGGCAGCUGUAAAUUUUGUACAAGGAAAUGCAGAGGUAUUGGUAGGAAUGGGCUUUGGAUUUUCCGUAAUAUUGAUAUGUGGAAUGGUAUUUUCUAUCCUUUUAUAUAAGAGAAUAACCUAUGACUUUACACCAGUCAGUACAAGAGAGCGAUGAACCUAGCUAUACAUAGAAGACCUUAUAUUAAAUUCAUCUCAUAGUAACAGCAUUGUAACACAUAGUAAUCUGUUCCUGAUAAUACUGAAUAACUAAUCGGAAAAGUGUGUAAUCGUUUCAUUCUCAGUGACAAAACAUUAAUCCGUAGAAUCUGAGUAAUUUUUUUUAUGUGUUUUGUGACUAGUUAUUUUUGAAAUUCAGUUGAAAACUAAAUUUAGUUUCAGGAGUAAUAUUACUUAUUCAUUACUAAAUUAUCUUUGCAUAAAAGCUCUAUAGUUUAAAAAAGGCCUUUUGAUGAAUUUUGUUUAGAUGGGAUUCUGUCAAACAUCUACAGUUAAUACAUUACACACAGUGGAAAUACAUUUCAUAUUGUCAAUAUGUGCCACUAAUGCAUAUUACAAUGUUUAGGAAUUUUCAAAUUUAUGUUUUAUCGUUGUGAAUAAUUUUACAUCAGAUGAACUUUGUGUAAAUGAUAAGUGUGUGUAUGGUUAUUAUAUGCUUCGGUGCUAAUUUUUUAUAUCGCGAAAGAAUAUCUCAUUUUGUACCAACAGCAGGAUACAUCUAUUAUGUCAUGAUCAGUUUCAGUUAAAGUAAUGAAUUAAAUCAUUGUUUUAACAGAUAAUAUGAAGAUUUUGUAUUGACUUUUUACUUGUUCGAACAUUUAAAAACUGAAAUAUUCCCCAUAGGAAGUGGAAAUAUUCCAAUAAGGGAGUGUAUCUUUGGGAUGUAUCAAAUGCACAACUUGUAUUUAUAGUGUGUCACACUCCUGGCAUGAAAAAGACCCAUCCAGCAUUAUUUGUAAAGAGGAUGUUCAUAUCAGGCCAAUACUGGGGUUUAAUGAUUUUUUGCUGAUGAAAAUUAUCCCAAGAUCAUUUAAAUUUCCAAAUAAUAAAACAGCAUAUUCAUAGCCUCAGAAUUUUUAUCAUAGAACCAACAUCAAACUGUAAAAUAAUGUAAAAACCAUACUUAAAAAGUUUUUUGUUUGACAUAUUUUAUGGGAUCAGCUACCAUUUUCAUGAUUAUAGAAAACAAUUGAUUGUAGAUAGUAUUAUAUGAUUUUUGAGGUAGAAAGACAAGUCUGAUUUUAUGUCUGUUCUUAGGCUAUCUGGUCCAUGUGUUGUUCAUUGCUGUUUGUCUUUGUCUGUAUGUCUGGUGGUUUUUUUUAGAGAAGUUAGGUGCUGGUUGUUGAUGCAGUCUGUUGUACUGUAUGGUAUAUUUGUCAAUUCUUAUUAUCCCUUAUUGUAUUAUGUAUAGUCUUUUGUGUAUUUUAUGUGUCACUUGUGUGUUUUUCUCCAUUAGGUGUUUAAGUGCUUCAAUUAUCUCUUACUUGUUUUAAUCAUGUGCCAUUAUUCUGUGUUCUUUUUAACAGAGCAUUGUAAAAUUAUUUCUCUGGAACUCAGACUCUUCCUUAAAAUAAUACAUAGAUAUUUUUGGGGUAAAGGGAAGAUAACUUUUGGUAUUGUCUUUCUGAACAAUUUUCCUUUGGUUGUAUAAACUAUUCUUAUCAUAAUAAAUGAUGGAAACUUUUUGAAAAAAAAAAUUUGGAGAUAAAUGCUAGAAUUAUAUGCCUGACAUGCCUGAAAUAUUAAUUAAAAUAAAUUUAGCACUAUAUUGGAAAAAGGGAUGAAAGUGCAUUAAUUCAUGUAAAAAAUGAUAAGGUUCAUAUGAAAUCUUUUUUUUUUAAAUGUUAUGUUGAAAAGUCAAAUAAAUCUUCAAGUAAAGUAUUCUAAUGAUUAAAUCAUGAUAUAUAAAGCUAAUAACAAAAUUUAUCAGUGUCUGAUCCAGAGAUGUUAUUCAUGGGGAUGAAAUGUGAACAAACAUUGUUAACCAUAUAUGGAGAAGGUAGCAUGUUCAUCUCUAUAAGCUAUUGUAUUCCAAAACAAUAAAAAAUAUAUACAGGAAGAGGUAUUUCUUAUGUGGUAUUCAAUUAUAAUAAACAUUAUGUGUUAACUUGUUUGGAAGGGGGUCAUUAAGCACAAAAUUCAUCCCCAUGAUUUUAGACACAUAGUAUUACCUAGAUAUCAGUGCAUGUUGGAACGUUGUUCUGACUUUUAUAUUGAGUCAAAAUAGCAAAACAGAUCAAAUUAAUCAGUUUAACCAGUAAGGGCUCUUCCAUUAAAAUGUAUGUGGGAGGGUAGGAAGGGAAGUUUAAUUAUUGAAUGUGGGUCAUGGGUCUUUUUUCAGUAUGCGUCUAUUACCAUUAUGCAAAAUUAUCUAAAAAAUGGUUCUUGGUUGUAGGGAUAUUUUGAAAGUCCCUUCCUACCCUCCCACAUACAUUUUAAUGGAAUAGCCCUAAAAUGAACAUAGAUUUAAAUUUGAAUUCACUGCAAAACUUCUAAUCAAGAUUCUUCAGUGGAACAUGAUGCUAGGCAGAGCCUACACUGCCAGAAAAACUGGUGGAAAUUUUUCAUGUAUUGUUUUCAACAUAUCAUUUAGCCAAAAUCCUUGGUAAUUUUUUUUCCUAUUUGUAAAUUUUUAUAUAACCUUUGAACUAUUAAUGACUUAUAACUGAUCCUUUUAAACUUCAGCCAAGUUAAACAAUGCAAUCAUCUUUGAAAUUCUCUUAAAAUACAAAAUGAAUGCUCCAGAUAAUGUUUGUAUAAUAAUCUUAAUUAUAGUAUCAAAUUGGGCAUUUAAUAACUCUUUUCUUUUUGUUUCAUCUGAUAAAAAAGGGGGCCUCGGUGGCCGAGUGGUCUAAGUAGUUACUAAUGUAAUCACUAGCCAGUCAACACUGAGGUUGUGAGUUCGAACCCUGCUCGUGCAGGUGCACUCGACUCCAAUCUUAAUUGACUAGGAUUGUCAGUUUUCUUAUCGAAGGUCAGUGGUUUUCUCCAGGCACUCUGGCUUCCUCCAACAAUAAAAACUGGCCGCCACGAAAUAGCCCAAGAGUGGUGCUUAAAAGUGGCGUUAAAACACCAAAAAUCAAAAUCAAAUCAUCUGAUAAAAAUAAUGUUCAGAAGUGCAAAUAAAUCUUUGCAGCAUUUGUUUAUGUUUUUUAUACAAAGCUUGAUGCUUAUUCUCCAUGGUUGUGACAGUAUUGUAGAUUAUUAUAUUGGUAAUGAUUUAUAGAUUUGUAUAUUUGUUGUACAUUUGUACUUUGAUUAUAUUGUAAAUUUGUAUGAUUGUUAUUCCAUUUGUAACAUUCCUGAUUUGUUUUGUAAAAAAUUAAUAUUUAUACACUUUUGUUUACACCACAAACCUUUGAGGUAAUUGGACAAUAAUUAAUCACAUGAUCAAUAGUUGCAGAUAAUCAUACUCUUUAUGUCAAGCCAAUGUCAUGACUUCGACUUUCAUCUGAAAACUUCAUUAAAGAUAUUCAUUUAGAUAAUUUCCUUGAAGGUAUAAAUCUGGAUUUUAUUAAGAUUUUUUCCUUUCUUCUUUUUCUUAUAUAUUAGUUCAUGUUGUAGAUUAUAGUUGUCUUAAUAAAAUUCAGAACUUUUGAGUUGAAAGCAAUUUUUUCAGAAUUCCACAAUCUAUUUUCAUGUUAUAUCAAAGACUUAAAUUUUUUUACACUUAUUUUUUUCAUGAUGUUGAACCAAUUUUUAAUGUUUAAUCUUAUUGCAUCAAAUAUGUGUUGUUCUGGAUAUUUUGUAGCAUUCAUGACAUAUUCUAUGCAGAUCAUAAUAAAAAUAGAAAAAAUAUCAGGAUUACUAUUUUCAACAUAUCAUAUGCAUGUGUUAUGCAUAGUGUUUGUGAAACAAAGAAACAUGUAUAUUUUUUUAAUAUGUAAAUCUGCCGAUGAUUUGGUUCAAUAUUGAAAAAAAUCAUAUUGAGCACAUUUUUUCAGGGUCAAUUUGUUGUUUUCAAGUUGUGAAUGCUUUUUAUUGAUUUAGAAAAAAAUAUAAUAUGUUUCUAUCAGUUAAUUAAAUGCCUGAGCAACAUUAAAAGUAUUGUCAAUACUUUUGAUUCAAAUAUGUUUCAUUCCGUCAAACUAUUUGGUUUAGACAAUGUUUUUUUUAUGUCAUCAAUGCGAUUGUUGAUAAAACAGGCUUACUACUGUUGGUAAACUUGAAUAAUUGACAAAAGAAUACAGAGUUUUUCAAGCUGAUAGUUGAAAAAUGCAUGGAAUAUGUCUGAUCUUGAAAUAUGUAAAUUACAUAGAAAAAUCAGGGUAUAGUAAAAAUAGUAAAAAAGUUUUUCUGGUAAUGGAGAUGAUAUGAAUUGAAACUAAAUGAAAUAUGUAAUAUAAAUAUUAAUUAAACUGAAUGAAAUAUUUAAUAUAAAUAUUAAUUAAAUUAAAUUAAAAAUUAAUUGAAGUUGAAAGAUUGGGCAACUUAAAAGAAUGAUUCAAUUAUUUAUCUAAUAACUAUAAUUGUAAAUAAAUUUGAAAUUAAAAUUAAAAAAUCAACAAGCAAAAAUUUGUUUUCCUCAUCAUCUAUUAGAUACUAGAUUUUGAUAGCUUUAUAAUAAUAAAUUGAAUUUUUCAACAAUUGAUUUUUUUAACAAUUUUUGUUGUUUUUUAUUUUGUUUUUGUUCAUUUAUUUUUGCAGAAACUUAAUUUGUGGUGUUACAUAACAAACAUAUCAUAUAUUAUUAAGUUUUUCCAAGAUCAAGAAAGAUAACUCAAUUUAAAUUUGUUUAGUCUACCAUAACAAUUGCAUUAUUUAUUUGUUACAUACACACCAUACAUAUAUUUAUAGAUAUGAUGUGUCUCUUCUUCUGUAUUCUCUAUUAUAUAUGUUGUUAACUUCUAAAUUAGGACAUUGUUAACACUGUAAAAUAUUCACAUUCAAGACAUUCCAAUUAUAUACAGAUUUAUCAUAUGAUUAUUAUCAAGCAAUUAUUAUAUAAAAAUCUUUGUAUUCAUUUACUCUUGCCUUUUUAUGAACAACAUUGUAAGGUUUUAUAUAAAUAUAUUUUUAUUGUAAAUAAACCAAUGCUUCAACAGUUGUGCAUUAUUCAUGAAUGAACUUGAAAUACUAUGUAGAUGGUAGAUGCAUAUGGACAUUUACAAAUAAACAGCAUUGUUUGUU